GGCGACGAGCAGUGGAAUUCUCGUAGACAUUCUAUCUGCUACCCUAACCGUUCAUGGAGGCGUCUCGCCACACGCUCUUCCUCCCCACUACAUUCCUCCGAUUCCGCUGCUUCCGUUGCUUCCGCUGUUUUUGUCGCUGUCGCUGCUGCUCCUAGCUUGUAGCUUUAGGGCUGAGUUUAUUCUUUCCAACUUCUCGUGGUAUGGAUCUCUCCCAAUCUCAAUCUAACCUCUCGCUUGGGUUCCAUGCGCACCGCUCACCGAUUGCCGACGACGUCUCCCUUGGGUUCCAUGCGCACCGCUCCCCGAUUGCCGACGACGUCUCCUCUCUUCAAACUGACGCGAGCCUGCGACCGAUCCCGCUGCAGCUGCUUGACCAGCAAUCGGAGAAUCGGUGGAGCGGCUCCGUCGGGAUCGAGGACGGCGAAGAUUCCGUGGACGGGCAGAGGGAGGAGGAAUUCAGUAUCCUUGGAUAUCCGAUGAGCCUUAAGCGGCAACGAAGAGGUGAAUCCUUGUCUUCAUGCUCGUCUUCUUCCUCUUUGCAUCCUUCAAAGAGAGCUUUGGUGGAGCCGGAUCUCGAUACGCGUAGGGCUGUGGUCCGUUCUUGGGGGAACCAGACCUUGUCAGUGGCCGAUCCAGAUGUGCAUGAGAUUAUGGAGAAGGAGAGACAGAGACAGAUCAAGGGGAUCGAGCUCAUUGCCUCGGAGAAUUUUGUUUGCCAGGCCGUCCUUGAUGCCCUAGGGAGCCAUCUGACGAACAAGUACUCGGAGGGUAUGCCUGGGGCUAGGUACUACGGUGGCAAUCAAUACAUUGAUCAGAUUGAGCGUCUUUGCUGUGAACGAGCACUGGUUGCGUUUGGUCUUGAUCCCGAUUGUUGGAGCGUUAAUGUUCAGCCUUAUUCUUGUACAUCUGCGAAUUUUGCUGUUUAUACAGGGCUUUUGCAGCCGAAGGAUAGGAUCAUGGGGUUGGAUUCUCUGUCAGGCGGGCAUGUGAGCCAUGGAUAUUUGACACCAGGUGGUAAGAGGAUAUCAGGGGCUUCAAUAUUCUUCGAAAGCCUGUCUUAUAAGGUUAAUCCACAAACAGGGUAUAUUGAUUAUGAUAAGGUUGAGGAGAGGGCAAUGGAUUUUCAUCCAAAGAUACUGAUUUGUGGGGGUAGCUCAUACCCAAGGGAGUGGGACUAUGCCAAGUUUAGGCAGAUUGCUGAUAAAUGUGGCGCUGUACUGAUGUGUGACAUGGCCCAAAUUAGUGGUCUUGUGGCAGCCAAGGAAUGUCUAAGUCCAUUUGAUUAUUGUGAUAUUGUUACUUCAACGACACACAAAAGCCUCCGUGGACCAAGAGGAGGUAUGAUAUUUAUUAGGAAAGGGAAAAAGCCUAGGAAACGUGGAUUACCUCCAUGCCAAGCAGAUGAAGUGGAUCAAUAUGAUUUUGAGGAUAAAAUAAACUUUGCUGUUUUCCCAUCAAUGCAAGGAGGGCCUCAUAAUAACCAUAUUGCUGCUUUGGCUAUCGCUCUGAAGCAGGUGGCUACUCCUGAAUAUAAAGCAUAUAUCCAGCAAGUCAAGAAAAAUAUACAGGCAUUAGCAGCUGCUUUGCUGAGACGAAAAUGCAGAUUGGUCACUGGGGGCACUGAUAACCAUAUGUUACUUUGGGAUCUAAGAACCUUUGGGUUGGCAGGCAAAACUUUCGAAAAAGUAUGUGAGGCUUGCCAUAUCAGCCUGAACAAAACUCCAAUUUUUGGCGAUAAUGGUGCCAUCUGUUCUGCAGGAGUCAGGAUAGGUUCUCCUGCAAUGACAACAAGAGGUUGCUUGGAGGAAGACUUUGAGCUUAUUUCUGAUUUUCUUGUUAGGGCUGCUUAUAUCGCAAGCAAUCUACAAAGGGAACUCGGUAAAUUGCAAAAUGAGUUUUUGAAGGGUCUGCAGAACAACAGGGAUGUCAUGGAGUUGCGCAACCAAGUAGAAGCUUUUGCCAUGCAGUUUGCCAUGCCGGGAUUUGAUAUUUGACCCCCGCGAGAGAUUAUUACGUGCGGCGUCCGAACCGUCCGGAGGCGAAUCCAAAAGCUCCACGUCACCCAGAUGCACCGGUCCCCGGGUGACGUGGCGCUUCCGGAUUCUCCUCCGGAUGAAUCUGAACGCUGCACGUAAUAAUCUUUCGACCCCCGCAGCAUCAAUUUACAUAUCUUCCGCAUUUUCCUUAAGUGUCAAUCAGUCAAAUCCUUGUAUAAAAUAAUUAUUGAAAUUUACCUGUACCCUUUUUCGUCACACCUGCGCCGCGCCCCUUUUUCGUUCUCUCGAGUUAAUUGCUUAUUGAGCUUCAGAUUAGGUUUGGAUCUUCUUGUAUUUGUUGUUGCACAGGUCAGAAUAGGCUGUUUUGCUUACAGUUCAAACUACUAUCCUGUAGAUAGUACUGUCUACUCUUUCUCUUUGAAGAACAUAUGAUGGAAAUGAUGUGUCAUUUAGACUUUUCAGGUUUUAGAUUUAUAAACAUCUGAUUUGCUGAUUAUGACUUUACAUGUAAUUUCUACUUUGUGGUUUUAUUGAUUUUGUUGGUUAAGCUUGAAUCA